CGCGCAUCGUUCAUUCAUCAGUCUCGGAAGCAGCAGCAGCAGUAGUAUCGCAGUCCGCGGCUGCUGCCUGGCAGUCGUCGAAUAUUCUACUAUUUCCACGCACCCGCAAAAGAGAGAGCGCGAGCAGUCUCGUAAUGUAAGCGUGUGCUCGUUGUAAGAUAUAAAGAGAGCGCUGCGAUGCUCGCUCUCGUGCGACUUUGAAGCGCGCAGCCAGCCAGUCAGUCCAUAUAAUAAGUCUUUAUACGCGUAUAUAAAGUAAAUGAUAUAGCGUAUACUCGACGGGAGUAGCGCGAGAGUCGAGCUUCAUAAGUAGUUCUCGUCUUUCGUCGUCUUGCUCGUAUUGCUGCUACUCUCCGCUCAUGCUGCUGUCGCAUGCGUGCGCGCUGCGGAUCGCAUACUAUACUCGCACACGCAGAGAAGCCUCGAGCAGCAGAGAGGGCAGAGCAGCUCGUAACUAAACGAUAAUAACACAACCAACAGUAGGUAUAUACGUGUAUAGUACGCGACAUCUCAUCGGUGAAUCAGAGUCUCGAGCAGUGGUGGCACUCUAGUGGUUGCGUGGAUAGAGAGUAAUUGUAGUAGUGGCGUGUGUGUGUGCAACUGUCCGUCACGAACACGACACGACUCGCGCAAGCAGCAGCAGCAGUGCCGCAACAGCAGCAGUGAGACAAACAGCGUAUAUAGCUGUUGUAGUAUUGCAGUGUUUCAUCAGUCGAGCGCAGCCCGUGGAGUAGUGUGUGCUUGUGUUUGUACUAUAUAUAAUAAUAGUAAUAUCGUGUGUAGUGCUGCAUCUCAGCGCCUCGCUCACGCUGCUGCACAGUCAUCUCCUCCGACCACGAACGAGGUCAACGAAAUUUUCGGAACCGUUUUCAUCCUUUUGUUAAUACCUACGCGCAAGUUUUUUUUCGUGGUGGCAGUGGUGGUGCUUGCAAACCAGGUGGACAAAACCAUCGAGUCACCUCGAUGCGUCGACGUCGACGUCACAGUAUAAUAGAAGCAGCAGCAGCAACACUUGAAACUUAAUUUUGCCCCGCAAGCAUAAUAAGCAUUCGAGCGCCUGCAGUGUCUCUGUAUAUAUAUACAAUAUACAGACUCUCUUUUCUCUCUCACUCUCUAUAUAGCUGUAUACAUACAGUAUAGACGUGUGUAAUAGCAUUUUACUAUCUACUACCUAUAUCCAAUAAUAUCGAGUGCGAGUACAGUACGGAGCAAGAGUGAAAGAAAAAUAGAUCGACGGCGAAUCUUCGGUAAAUAUUAUUUUAAAAAAAUAUUUACACGCCUUAACUAACUUUCUCUCUGUCUGGCGCGUGCUGUCAGAGCAGUGCAGUGUGUGUACCUAUAUAUAUCUCGUGCAAGCGUGAGCUGUCGUCCAAAAGCGUACGAUCGUUGACAUGUGAUAAAACUGCGAAUCGUAUAGUAGUAGUACUCGCGCGCAACGGUAUACAAAAAGAGAAUGAGUGUCUCGUCGAUGAAUACCCAAAGUGCUGGCAGUACCGAAUGUCGUGUCCGUGUGUGCUCAUUAUGAUACUGUAGUGCGAAGGGGCAGAGCAGUUCUUGUCAUCUGCACAGAGGCGAUUGUCAUUUCGUAACGUUAUAUAUCGAGGAGCGCGCUCAGCGCUCCGUCUGUCAGUACGAGUAUACGAUACGUGCACGUAUAUAUAAUAUCGACAUUUAUUAUUGCACAUGCUCGCCCGCUUAGCUGCAUUUCGCGAGUCUCGUGGGCUCGGCUAAGCAAGCGUAUCGCAAGUAUAAAAAAUAAUCGACGCAACGACUACUGAAUAAACAAUCAUUCAUUAUGAGGGACAUGGUGAGCGAGCCCAUCAAAAUAAUGGAUCUGCAGAGAGGAAGCGACGCCGAGCUCAUGAACUGUCUCAAGAGCAUCGUACAGAGCGACGAUCCCGACGUCGUCGAGCUGGCUCUCAACAGCCUCAACGAGAUCAUCGUUAACGAGAACUCGUGCAACUUCGAUCAUUGCUUGAAGAGACUGUUUACGGAGGAGGAGAUUAAGAAUGUCGAUCAGGUGCCUAAUCUGUUCGACUGGUUCUCGACCAAGUUUCCAAAUUUUCCCUGGCCCAGUCUGUCGAACGAUAUGGCGAAAUUUCUUUCGAAGUCUGCCGAGCACUUCAAGAACCAACCACCCUGCCUAGCAGAAAUUCUGCAAUUGUUCAAUAGAUAUCAAAAGAAAGAUUGUUAUCGUUCACCAGAUCAUGAAGAAUUAUGCGAAGCAAUAGUUAAAAUUCUAUUCUAUAUGCCUCAACCUAAGCCCAAAGAUGUUAAAAAGUAUUGUAAAGAUUUAGAAGAAAUUAAAGGCUUUCUUAAAUCUUUAUGUAGAAACAAAGAACGCACUGAUAUAUCAAAUACAGCAUUGAACUGCUUCAAGACUAUGUGCGAACUUAUUUUCAAUAAUAUGAACGGACCAAAACCAGCAACAGAGCCCAGUUCAGCAUUGGUAAUGGUUUUGCAAAUAGUGGAAGAUAACUUUUGGAAAAAUCACAUGGGCGUUGUUGUUGAAGAAAUGACAUCGCUUGUAAAAAAUGACGAAAAGAUCAGUAAAAUACUUUUCUAUUUCUGUAAAUGGCUUUUACAACCUCCAGAAAACAAUGUGAAUUAUCUAAGUUCAUGGUUAUGCUUAUUUAUAAGCCAUUUGGAGCCACUGAACAAAACUCACAUAAUAGAAAAUAUAGCUAAUGAAAUUUUACCUUCGAUGUCUCAUUACUUGAAAUUAGAUGAAUUCUAUAAAAUAAGUAGUGAAAACAAUAUAUUGAUACCUCUAGUUAGAGCAGUACGUUUACAUAAUACAUAUCACAGAAUGAUGUCUCAAAUCGCAACAUACUUUAAAAACUAUGAUAUACGACCUACUUCUCCAAAGCAUCGUUUCUUACAAGAAAUAAUCUAUAUUGCUUAUGAUUUGCGUAAACAUGUCAUCAGGUACAAUGAUUAUCAACCUUGUCCUCAGUGUAAAGCAAUGGAAGAUUGGGUCAGAGAAAAUUUUCCUAAUUUACCAUAUGAUAAAAAAGACAUCUACCCAAGUACAAGUUAUGGUAGAUUAUGUGGUUCAAAAGUUGGUCUAGUGAAUUUGGGUAAUACAUGUUACAUGAAUAGUGUUCUUCAGGCGUUAGUAAUGACAAAGCAGUUUUGUAAUGAAGUUCUACUUUAUAAGCCAAAUGAUCUGAAUGAACAAACGGUUUUGAAAAAUUUACAAAAUUUGUUUGCACUCUUAAAGUUCUCUUCGAGACAUGAUCUUCAUCCAGAUGAGGUUUUACGAGCCUCUAGGCCACCAUAUUUUAUGCCUGGUCAGCAGCAGGACAGUUCUGAAUUUUUAUGUCAUUUGUUGGACGUCAUGUACGAACAAGAAAAAUCAAUCAUUUUACGGAACAGCAGUAGUGACCAAAGUAUUAACUCACCAUUAAAGGUCGAAGAUAAAGAAAUGACCGAUGUCGAAGGAAUACAAUCAUCACAAAUGCAAGAAGAUGGAUCUUCGAGUAUGACCAAGUGGACUACGGAAGAAAACUUGAGCGAAGGUGUAUUUUUGAAAAGGAAAACUCGAUCCUUAUCUGAUUUUUAUAAAGGCGAAGAAUCAGCUCAAACGCAAAAUGUAUUGUCGGAUUCGCACUCGGACUCGACCGACAGCGGUAUUCAAUCGGUCGGUGGCGAAGACUGCACCUCGUCUUCGUCUUCCGCCAGCUCUCCCGGCUCUUCAUCGAACUACCUGGUUCAUCGUGUCUUCGGUGGCGAAUUACGAGUCAGCUAUCAGUGUAUGCGAUGCGAGAAUCAGAGCCACAACACCGACAGUUUUCGCGAUCUUCAGCUUUGUUUCCUUGAUUCUCUGAAGUUUACCGACAACAUCAAUGUUCAGGGCUUGAUCAACGCCAACUACUUGACGCCCGAAACGCUUACGGGUGACAACAAGUACAGAUGCGACAAAUGCGCAAAUCUCUGCGACGCUUCGAGAAUCAUCAAGGUACUGAAAGCCCCCGCUCAUCUCAUUCUCACGCUCAAACACUUUAGAUAUAAUUCCGAGACCAGAUUGCGCCAAAAAUUGCGUAAUAAAAUCCAGUACGAUCGAACCAUACAGUUGCCUGUCUUUGACCAAGACCCCGUUUCUUACAAACUGUAUGCUGCGGUCGUACAUUCGGGCUACAGCAUGGAUUAUGGCCACUACUUCACCUACGCCUGCGAUGCGGACAGUCAAUGGUACAAGUUCAAUGAUAGCUAUGUUUCGGAGACGACUUUCGAGGAUUUCAAACGGCUAGAGCCACCGGACACCCCCUACAUACUCUUCUACAAAAAAUGCACGGAUGCUCGAGAACAGGAGGAUGUCGAAUUAAUGAGCCUGAGCAAAAGACUGCAGGAUUACGUUGAGGACGACAGGCGCAUGCAUGGAGAGGACAGAAGAAAUAUCCGCAUCGCGAAGCCCAGUGCAUCGAGAUACAAUUACUAUAACCGAGAUAGGAACGACGACGACGAUGACAAGCCGCCGAGUCACUGUAGAUCUGGCUAUAGCGUGCCCCAUAAUACGUGUCUCUAUUGAGAUCGCAAUUGAUGGUUAAGUGACCCUCGAAACCCCCGAACGUGUUUGAAACCAACUCGUUGAAAUUUUUAGAAAACUAUGUGAAUAAGGUAGCUAAGUACUGUUUCGUGUUAUUAUAGUUUUACGUUAAACAGUUUUUGAAACAGUACGGAAUACAAGAGAGUGUUAGAUUGCGUGAGCGUGCGUGAUAGCUAGUUAAAUAAAUCGAAUUUUGACGAUGACGAUAUGAAAAACGUUUAAAAAUAUUUUAUUUUUCUAUUUCUGCCGUGAAAAUAGUUUUAGUUACGCUACGCUAAUGAUACGAAAAAAAAGAAUUGAUUUAUAUCUUCUCUUCGAGCAUAAUACCAUUCGCAAAGUACGUUCUUUAGAUAGAAAAAAUACGUGUAGAUAAUUUCAAGCGCGCGAGUUUUAUUACUCGUUGUAGAAAUAAUUGCCGUACACAUUGUAACUAUAUGCACGAUAAAAAAAUGGCAAAGCUGUAUAAAAUAUAAUUUAAGACAUCGGAAAACCUUUUAUACAACCCGAAAAAAAAACAGUGAAAUCAACUGAGUUAUAAUUAAUCCAAUAUGUAUAAUUGUGCACUGCCAAUUUUUCACCUACUUCGGUAAAAAAUAUAUAAGGCCAUAAGGCUUGUAAAAGUUUCCAAAUUUCAUCAAAAAUUGAUAUGAUUUUAAUCGAGCCUAAAGUAUGAUUUUAAUAAUCUUCCUGCGAACGACUAGUGAUUUGAUACCAUAUCGAUAUAAUGUUCUAAAAAUUUUUAUUUCAAUCUCGCUACAAUGAAUCGCCUGCUGAAGCUUUCAAUAUUCUGUAAGCUAUAUAAUGAAUACUGUAAGUUUUACGAUUUUAAAAUGAGAUAGAUAACGUGCUGUAAUCAGUAUAAACCAAAUGUCCACCUUAUAACCACCAUAAAAGAUAUCGCCUUAACUAUUUUCGACACAAAUCGUAAAUAGCCAAGGUUGUAGUUUAUAUUAUAGAGUCUUAUAAACUGAAGAAACUUACAAAACGAUGAAGUAAGAUAAAUGAUAAGGCAGCUGCAUUGGCUAUUCGUUCGUACAUAAGAGAAUAUUUAUCGUGCAGCUUUAAAUAAGUAAAUCAAUGAACACUGUUGAUAAAAUAAUUGAAUAAUCAUUAUGUAAAUAUGGACAAAAAAUUAGUUGUAUGAGUGUUUUAGAAGUAUUCGUUGAAGAAAUAUUGAAUAUUUUUCAUUCGAUAGUAAAAUUAACGAGCGAUUCGUUUACCACAUUGUGGUAUACGAAAUUUUAACAGCUUUGAAUAAUUGAAAAAAAAACCAUAAACGUUGAUAAAAAUUUGCUAAGUACAUGAAAGUAAUGCAUCAUCGUUUUGGCUGCGUUCCUUUUGUAAUAAUCUAGUUAAACGUCGGAUUGUUCUAAUCAGUGUCACUCACACCUCUAAACCUCCGCCCUCCAUUAAAAAAAAACGUAGAUAAAAGUGAUUGUUAACAAUUUUGUGAAAUUAUAACAUAAAGUACUAGUGAGUAUUUUAUCUGUUGAUUGUUCUAUAACUAUAUUAUAAUUUCGUAAUGUAAUUUAUGAAGACAAACAGCGUAGUUCCGAGACAAAAAGUAACAAUUAAGUAGCGAGAAAGAGUUUAAAAAAA